GGACCCUCGUGCGGCUGCUUCCCGGGUGACACGCAGACUGCCGCCGCGCCAGUCUCCUCCCUGACCUUCCCGGCAGGAAAGCAGGUGGUCUCAGCGAUAGGAGACCGCGCCCGCAGAGAACUCGGAGAGGCUCCUUUCCAAUGACAAAAGAAAUAUGGCCCCUAGAAUUCCUUUUUUUCAAUUGCCCCAUGUGCUAAAAAGGCUGUUGGCCAGGCGCGGCUCGCCGCGGAGGGCGCUGCUGUGGGAAUGAGCCCGAGUGCGGGCGGGGCGCGAGCAGUCACUGCCCCGAGCUGCACGGCCGGAGGGACGUCCGGGCCCUCGCGACCCCUCCACCGUGGCCGCAGCUCGCCACGGGACCGCGGGGGGAGCCCUCGGGGACCCCGCCCGCCCUCGCGUGCGUCCCCAUCCCUCUCAGCCCGCCUGGCCCACAGAGAGGUCUGCCUAAUUUUCUGGGCACAGCGGCGCUUCCCUCCGCCCCCUCCCGCCCGGUGGUCCCUCAGUUCACCGGGACCGCCUCGGAUGCAGGCCGGACGCCGGCAGCGCUGCAGGUGUGGCCCAGACGCAGCGGAUGCCGAGCUGUGGAUCCAGAGUAGCAUCUGCAGCAGCUGGGAAGUCAUUCCAGGCUCUCAGCCUGGAGUUUUGGCAACAAUUUGAUCUGAAGAUGGCAGCCAGGGUGCUUUGGGGCAGCCUCAGCCUGCUCCGAGUGCUGUGGUGUCUCCUUCCGCAGACAGGCUACGUGCACCCAGAUGAGUUCUUCCAGUCACCUGAGGUGAUGGCAGAGGACAUCCUGGGUGUGCAGGCCACCCGGCCUUGGGAGUUUUACCCCAGCAGCUCCUGCCGCACGGUGGUCUUCCCUCUACUGACCUCUGGCUCUACCUUCUGGCUGCUCAGGCUCUGGGAAGAGCUGGGGCCAUGGCCUGGCCUGGGUGACAAUGAAGAACAAGAAAAAUUACUGAAGAAAAGCUGUACGUUGUAUGUUGGAAAUCUUUCCUUUUACACAACUGAAGAACAAAUCUAUGAACUCUUCAGCAAAAGCGGUGACAUAAAGAAAAUCAUCAUGGGUCUGGAUAAAAUGAAAAAAACAGCAUGUGGAUUCUGUUUUGUGGAAUACUAUUCACGAGCAGAUGCAGAAAAUGCCAUGAGGUACAUAAAUGGAACUCGUCUGGAUGAUCGGAUCAUUCGCACAGAUUGGGAUGCCGGCUUUAAGGAGGGCAGGCAGUACGGACGUGGGCGAUCUGGGGGCCAGGUACGAGAUGAGUAUCGGCAAGACUAUGAUGCUGGAAGAGGCGGCUAUGGAAAACUGGCACAAAACCAGUGAGUGGUGAGAGCUCUGAAAAACUCCUUUGGUUUGUUGAAUUUGUUGAAGAACAUUACCCAAGGUCUUCAAACCAGCUUAGUUUUACGAAGCUUUGAGCAGUAUCUACUGAGCUGGAAGCAAGGACAGAAUUCAAAAGAAUGCCUUUAAUUCUAGUAUUAGAAUACUGGCCAUGUGUCAGGUUACCAGAAUGAUUUUCUGUGACCAGGUUGAAAACUGUGUUCCUUGGCAACAGAUUUGAUCUAUAAUGUUGAUUAAAACACUAUACUUCUUUUAGGAAGACUGGAGAAAUUUAGAAAUUUGUUUUACCAUGUUUGAGUCUUAAAUAGGUUCAUGAUCUAUAUUGGGGCCUGGAAUUAUUGUUUAAGUUUGCAUGAGAUCAAGUUUAAAAAAUGGAAUUUUGCUAUGUUGUAUAGCUUUGCUCUAAAUUAGGAAUAAUUAAGAGCAAUAAUAAUAGAAAUAAUAAUUAUUAGAAAUGAUAAUUUCACACUGAAUUUGUUUUCUGUGAAUUCUGAUCUCUAAAGGAAAACUUAGUAGUCACGGAACCUUCCUAAAUAGUUGGUGCAAAAGCUAGCCUUAGACAGUCCCAGAGACACCAAGCUUCCAUGCUUUACAUAUCAGGAAAGUAGGUGCAGGGCUUGAAGAGUAUUUACUAAAUGCAUUUUUUCAAAAAAUGUAAAUAUUAUGCCUAAAGCUAAAAAUAAAUAAGUUUGUAAUGUGGAGAACCUCAAAUAUUCUUAAGGUGGGGGGAGGAGACAUUAUCAAUAGGAAAUGGGAUGAAAUACCAGAGACACAAGUUACAACAUUGCCUUGGCAUGAUGACAGUUGCUAUCAGAGCCAUCUGAUUUAUUCUUUUCACUUUCAGUGAUCUUGGGAAUGGAGUGGGUUUUAAAAAAGAGCUUGAAGACUGAGAGAAUGCUUAACAAAACAAUCAGAAGCUCCCUGCAGGAGAUGUCUAUUCUAGCCAAUUCUUACACUGAAGUCUGUUUUCUUUCCAAAUUGUGCUUACUGAGGUUCAAGCCUUGAUAGUGAGCUGAUAAUCUCUAUAGAAAGGGGAGUCUAGAGGAUUUAUUUUGCAUUCACAAGGCAAGACGUGAUUUCUCUCUAAUGUUGUGAGCUUAUUGCUCAUUUAAAAGUGUUAAGUCCAGUAUAAUUUUCCCUGACGUGGAAAAAAAUGUGUUUUUUUUUUUUUUUUUUUUUUUCAUUUAGCAACAAAGUCUGAAGCACCUCAGUGUGAACACGUUUUGUGUUUGUAGGUUUUCUCACUGAAUUCAAACUGGUCAUCUGAAUUGUUUUAAAGUGCUUAGAAAGAAAUUAUUUGUAAACAUUUAAUUUAAUGACAUAUUGUUCAUUUUUUAAACUUCUUUUUACACUGUAGU